CAGCAGGACUCAGAGGGGAGAGUUGGAGGAAAAAAAAAAAAGGCAGAAAAGGGAAAGAAAGAGGAAGAGAGAGAGAGAGUGUGUGUGUGAGGGAGAGGAGCGGCUGAGCCCACCCCGAUGGCCGCGGACGAAGUUACUGGAGGGGCGCGCAAAGCCACGAAAAGCAAACUUUUUGAGUUUCUGGUCCAUGGGGUGCGCCCCGGGAUGCCGUCUGGAGCCCGGAUGCCCCAUCAGGGGGCGCCCAUGGGUCCCCCGGGUUCCCCGUACAUGGGCAGCCCCGCCGUUCGGCCUGGCCUGGCCCCGGCCGGAAUGGAGCCAGCCCGCAAGCGAGCAGCACCCCCACCCGGGCAGAGCCAGGCGCAGAGUCAGGGCCAGCCAGUGCCCACAGCCCCUACCAGGAGCCGCAGUGCCAAGAGGAGGAAGAUGGCUGACAAAAUCCUCCCUCAAAGGAUCCGAGAGCUGGUCCCUGAGUCCCAGGCUUACAUGGACCUGUUGGCCUUUGAGAGGAAGCUGGACCAGACCAUCAUGCGGAAGCGAGUGGACAUCCAAGAAGCCCUGAAAAGGCCAAUGAAGCAAAAGAGGAAGCUUCGGCUCUAUAUCUCCAACACGUUUAACCCUGCAAAGCCAGAUGCAGAGGACUCAGAUGGCAGCAUCGCAUCCUGGGAACUGCGGGUGGAGGGGAAACUGCUGGAUGACGUACGUCCUGGCCCAGCCCAGCCUUAUUCUACCCCCCAUGGCCCCUGUUUUGCCCCCACGGCCCCUGUUCUGCUCCCACAGCCCAGCAAGCAGAAGCGGAAGUUCUCUUCCUUCUUUAAGAGUUUGGUCAUUGAGCUGGACAAAGAUCUCUAUGGCCCAGACAACCACUUGGUGGAGUGGCACCGGACACCCACAACACAGGAAACGGAUGGAUUCCAGGUAAAACGGCCAGGGGACCUGAGCGUGCGCUGCACCUUACUCCUUAUGUUGGAUUACCAGCCUCCCCAGUUCAAACUGGAUCCUCGCCUGGCACGACUGCUGGGGCUUCACACACAGAGCCGAUCAGCCAUCGUGCAGGCCCUGUGGCAAUACGUAAAGACUAAUCGGCUGCAGGAUUCUCAUGACAAAGAGUACAUCAAUGGGGACAAGUACUUCCAGCAGAUCUUUGACUGUCCUCGGCUGAAAUUUUCUGAAAUCCCCCAGCGCCUCACAGCCCUGCUACUGCCCCCAGACCCAAUUGUAAUCAACCAUGUCAUCAGUGUGGACCCCUCAGACCAGAAGAAGACAGCAUGCUAUGAUAUUGACGUGGAGGUGGAAGAGCCACUGAAGGGUCAGAUGAGCAGCUUCCUUCUGUCCACAGCCAACCAGCAGGAGAUCAGUGCCCUGGACAGUAAGAUCCAUGAGACCAUUGAGUCUAUAAACCAGCUCAAGAUUCAGAGGGACUUCAUGCUGAGUUUCUCCAGAGACCCCAAAGGCUAUGUCCAAGACCUUCUCCGCUCCCAGAGUCGGGACCUUAAGGUAAUGACAGAUGUAGCAGGAAAUCCUGAGGAGGAACGUCGGGCAGAGUUCUACCACCAGCCCUGGUCCCAGGAAGCUGUCAGCCGCUAUUUCUACUGCAAGAUCCAGCAGCGCAGGCAGGAACUGGAGCAAUCCCUGGGUGUGCGCAACACCUAGGGACACCUCCUUGGACCAGACUCCACCAUGGACCUCCAGGGCCAGGUCCCCCCCCACCCCAGGGACCGCCCCCUGGGCUGUAACAUCACUUCUGAGAUAUUUUCCAUGUGGGGCUGAGGGGACCAGAUUAAAGGUCAUUCGGCUACCA